AUGCGCCUUCGUUGCGGCGACCAGGAUGGCGCCGCCGCUGAGGUGGACGACGACACGCCGCGCGAGCGGCAUCUUGGGCUGAGCCGUGGCCGCAGACGACUCGAGGCGGCACGACUUGCCUUGCGGAUUGCCAACCCUUCCCGGUACUAUCGAGUACCAGCCAACCUGUUCUUCUACAUCGCACCAUCCGAUUCACGUCGAUCCAUGCCUGCGCUCAAGGACUUGCCGCGCGACAGGCGCGGUCAAGCACGUGACUAUCGCCGGCGCGGGGACCCAUCCUCGGUGCACGCCGUGGAGGCACCGGUCGCGUCGUCACAAUCGGGAUCCGGUCGAGGAGAUACCGGUAUGCAAGCUACUGGGACCAUGUCAGAGCUCGCGCGAGCCAUGAUCGCAGAUCCAGACGAUGAUCUGGAGCGCACCAUGCAGCGGAGCAUCGAGCAGUUCAGGGAGCAGCAGGUCUUCAUGGCGGACGUCGUACAACAAGGCCAGCCUCCAGAAGACGUCGAGGCUCCCGCCAGGUCCGAGAUCUACUACGACGCAACGAGGUUCUACAUACGCAUGAGGCCCGGAAGAACUGUAGCCAGACCUGGACCUCCGCUCGCAGAACGACUUCGCCGAGUUGCACAAGCUCUCGGCGUGACCAAAGAGCGAAUGAAAUUUGCGCUCAAUCAUGCAGCAGCGACCGGGCAGCGCAUGGCCGAUAUCCUUGCGCAGGAGGAUCCGGCCGUAGGUUGCGAGACGAAUCCUGAUAUCCUCGACGAAAUGGCGGCUCUUCACAACGAGGCCGAUGAAGACGAGGAUGAAGACAACCAGUCAGGAGCCGGAGAUUCCAUCGCCAAUCCUGACGGCGCCGUGACUGCCAGCAUCGAAGACGAAGACACAAGGACAGCAGACGAAGGCGAGAGCGUGGCGACUGGUCCGUCGAUCCGCACCACGAUCCUGAAAGCCAGUACUACAAAGGCGGCGGAUGGCAUCGCGCCCAUCGCGAAUGUGUCUCGUGAAUCAUUCAAGAAGGCAUACAAUCCCAAGAAUGCGUCAGGAUGGAAUGCGGCCUUGCACUAUUCGUAUCUCGGAUUUGACGAGUUGCAAGCGGCCCAGAGAUUUGAAUUGACGCCAGCCUACCUCAGAGGGGUGGCAGCAUGGCACGAGAUCGGAAAGCCGACAACCUUCACAGACGUGGCCUUUCGAUACGAAGACCAGUCGCCAUUGUGGACCCAGGAUUACGCCAAGGACAAGGAUGCGAUGGAUUUGGAAACCUUUGUGCGCCGCAAGCCAAUCCGUCUGAAGAAGGAUACUGGGGUCGAUGCCAGAAGACAGCUGGGUACCGGUACCUGGACGGUCGAAGCCGGCGAGGGCGCGCAGCAGACAACCCUGUGCGCAUUCAUAUUGUGGUGGGUCAUUACGAAGACCGAGGAGUUCUUCGAGAAGACAAUCGAGGAACAGCAAAAGGAGCAUGAGCAGCUAGACGGCGCUAUCCCAUGGACACUCCCGUCCUGGAACGACCUUAUCUUACCUGUCAAACCAAAGUGGCGCAGCGACCAGUAUUCCGAAGCAUGCCCCGUGCUGGAGCAGGCAAACCGUCUCCUCUGCGCGUUUCGCAUGACCAAUCGCAGAUUCACCCAUUUCUCUGGUACAACACAGAACUUCCUAGCCGGCUGGCAAAAGUUCUGUCACACCGAGACCGGCAACAAGCUGCGCAACCAGCAGCAAGACAUCAGUGCUGCGAAGCCAUGGUGGAUGCAGCCUGUAGAGAACAACAUUUUCGAUCUUGACGUGGUGGAGAAGACACCCAAGUCCGUCUCGCGGCCUCGCGCUAUCGGUAUUAAGAUCGCGUCCGCAGCCGCUUGGAGAUUAGCGGGAGCGGAAGACAAGGCCGAAUACAAGGAAAUACUGGAAAAUUCUGCAGACUACAUACGCAUGAUCAAGAGUGCAAAGAUACUGCCGAACCAGUACGACCCCCGCGACAUCGAGCAAGCGGAUCGUUGGCGGGAUAUGCUCCGCAACUUUCUACAGACUCAGGCAAGCUCUGCAGUGCUAAGGAGGCUGGUUUUCACGAAGAGCGACAGCGAGGACGAAGAUCCGAUGGCCUUCUUCGAUGUAACGGGGACAAAACCGUCGCUGACAUGGAACGAACUCCAGCGAGCAAUCGACGCCGAGGACUGCUUGGAGCCUAUCAUUACAGUGCUUCUGGGGUUUUCAGAAGAUGAGGCUAACGACUAUGAGUACACUGGGCCUCUGGACGACCAGACUGCUGCUCUGAUUGAAGUUGGGCCAGAUAUGAAGCUGAAGAAACGCGCGCUCGAGAACGAAGACGAUACCGUGGUCGGCGGAGACAAUGGAGAGCUCGAGAUACCGGUACCCUCUGAAGCCACGUCUGGGCCAGCCAUUCAACGCCGCGCGAUCAAGAACAUCCAGACAAGGAACGGGAUGCUGAAAUUUUCGUGA